AUGGUGGGACUUCCGAAUGUUGAGGAUUUCCCUUCAUGGCAUGAUUUUGAGCCUUGUGACGACAAAUUUACCUGCAUUUAUUACCUUGUUGACCAAGGGCGGAGAUGCCGCCGUACUAUCAAUAAAAAUGAUCGUUUCGAAGCCUCCUCCCUACACAAGAAAGCCUUGGAAGCCCCGUCUGCCCAGGACUUCUCUGGCCUUUUAUCGAACCUGGCCGAGUUGAGCUGUUGCAAGCAAAACCAUCGCAAGCUUGUCCAAGGGUCCCGUAUCCAGGAGCGGCUUUGCCUGAGAUGGCAGAAGGAAAUCCAGGACGGAGAUCGAGUCAAAUUUCGAGAUCAAGAAGAUAAGGAUAUAUCAGUCUUGCGGCCCAGUGUCGGGACGAACAGUCGCAGCAUUUGUCGACCACAGACUUCUGAGAACAUUCCGAGAUACAACUUGAGACCAGGGAGCUCCAGAACCUGUGAAAAGCCCAAAUUGGCCACUGCUGAGGAAGUCCUUCCCGUGUCCGAGUUCGUGGCUCACGUCAAAAGCCCAGAUCAGACAUUCGUGUCAACUCUCCUUCGACCUUUGGGCCUCGGAAAGGCUUCGAAGCCGAAUAGUAGCGCCACACCAGAAUGGCAGAAGUCGGGCUCCAUAUAUUGUUUCAGUCGAGCAUCAAGUCCCGGUAUGGUCAAGAUUGGUUACACAACCGGUCCAGUGUGGGUGCGUCUGAGCCGGUGGAAGACAACAUGCCACUAUCAACCUCUACUGAAGUUCUUCGUCGAGGAUGUUCCUCAUGUGAAGCGUGCUGAGCUCCUGAUACACUUCGAGCUGCUGAAACAUUGGCGGAGAGAAAGAAUGUGUAAGUAUUGUCUCGCACGACAUCAAGAGUGGUUUGAGGUAGAUGCAGCGGUAGCCGAGACGGCGAUCAAAAACGUCACAACCUGGAUGAAAGUCGCGAGGCCUUAUGAUGAGGACGGCUUCCUUAGCCAGAAAUGGAGGAAGAUCAUCCGCAACCUGGAAAAACAGGGCAUUCAAGUGACUUCUCAACGCUUGCUGGAGGCAUUUUAUGGGUUGGAAGAGAAGUCAGAACAAGUCAGCAACAGCCAGCAGUCGACCAAUGCGCAGAUCAAGGACGAGUCAGAAGGUAUGGCACGUCCAAGUAUGGCAACUUUCAGUACGAAGCUCGAUGACAAGGUGGUGGCUUACAUUGCGGAACUUGUCUCACUCCUGCGCUCGGAUCAAGUUAUCCAGCCGCGGAGUUCAUCCAGGACUGAUAACACCCUGUCAACUGUCUGUCAUGAUACUCUGCACAGUGGCUCGUUAUCACGACCACAAAUUGUGGUUUCGGGGGAGCUGAACGAAGUCUACCCGGCCAGCACUGAAGUUGGAAGACACGAAGAUGGCACUACGGGACCGAAGGACUCCCGACUCCCGCUCAUCACGCAUACUUCAGCCUUCGCCAAUGCGCUGACGACGCUUGAAUUGGCCUGGCUCAUCGCCGAUACUUGCAUUCUUCUGCACACCCAACGCGCGUGCAGAACGUCGACGACGUCGGCUUUCAACCAGUGUCCGGUGUCAUCCACUUCAAGUUCUUCUACUCCCGCCCAACCACGAAAGUCAUCCAUCAGUCAGAGUACAAAUUCUACACCCAGGACGCCCCUGAAUUAUCCUCACCUUUACAUCCACCACGCCAUACUUAUCUCUCUGCUCCUCUGGCUGCAGUACAAGCUGCUUUCAAACCCGGGACAGGGCGUCGGCAUCUUAAUCAUCAUAUCCUUCUUGCUGAUGAACGCGUCCUCGCCCUUCGGAACGCUGAGAUGGUUCCUGCUGAACUUCGCGGCCACAGAAAGCUCGAGUGGAAAGUCUAAGUCUCAACCGGUGGCGACGACUCCUGAAAGAGACGCACACGCGACAAUAGCGCUCCGGGCAGCGACGUGUGCGUAUCUACUCAUUUUCGCCAUCUGUCGGAUCGGGCUGUUCUACCUGAUCAUGAAGAUAUGGGCGGAUAUGCAGGGCAUCGGUGUCUUCCGAGCCUGGCGAGAGUUGCGUUGGCAGUGCAACAUGGGAUUCACGGCCAUGGUGAUCAUCAACACGUUGUGGUGGGUUACUGGUACGGUGAAAUUCUUACGCCAAGAGAUACGAGCCGUUGGAAAGUCGAAACAGUCGUGA